AUGCCACUGGGUUAUGGAAUUGGGCAACUGAGACUAUCCUCAAAGGAGCUGAUGCCGAAAGUCCUCGUAGUACAUCUGGCCAUCCACACGUCCACAGGUUACCCUGACCUGCCAGCUGUCCUGGAUAAUGAGAGACUCACUGCAGAGGAGAUGGACGAAAGGAGACGUCAGAAUGUGGCUUAUGAGUACCUUUGUCAUUUGGAAGAAGCAAAGAGGUGGAUGGAAGCGUGCCUCGGGGAAGACCUGCCUCCCACCACAGAGCUGGAGGAGGGCCUUAGGAAUGGGGUCUACCUUGCCAAACUAGGAAACUUCUUCUCUCCCAAAGUGGUGUCCCUGAAGAAAAUCUACGAUCGAGAGCAGACCAGAUACAGGGCAACUGGCCUGCACUUUAGACACACUGAUAAUGUGAUUCAGUGGUUGAAUGCCAUGGAUGACAUUGGAUUGCCAAAGAUUUUUUACCCAGAAACUACAGAUAUCUACGAUCGAAAAAAUAUGCCAAGAUGUAUCUACUGUAUUCAUGCACUCAGUUUGUACCUGUUCAAACUAGGCCUGGCUCCUCAGAUUCAAGACCUAUAUGGAAAGGUUGACUUCACAGAAGAGGAAAUCAACAACAUGAAGAUUGAACUGGAGAAGUACGGGAUCCAGAUGCCCGCCUUCAGCAAGAUUGGGGGCAUCCUGGCUAACGAACUCUCAGUGGAUGAAGCUGCAUUGCAUGCUGCUGUUAUUGCUAUUAAUGAAGCUAUUGACCAUAGAAUUCCAGCUGACACAUUUGCAGCUCUGAGAAACCCCAACGCCAUGCUUGUAAAUCUUGAAGAUCCCUUGGCUUCCACUUACCAGGAUGUGCUUUAUCAGGCCAAACAGGAGAAAAUGACAAAUGCUAAAAACAGGACAGAAAACUCUGAGAGAGAAAGGGAUGUUUAUGAGGAGCUGCUCACUCAAGCUGAAAUUCAAGGCAAUAUCAACAAAGUCAAUACUUCUUCUGCACUAGCAAAUGUCGAUCUGGCCUUGGAGCAGGGCACUGCACUGGCCUUGUUCAAGGCUCUGCAGUCCCCCGCGCUGGGCCUUCGAGGGCUGCAGCAGCAGAACGGUGACUGGUACCUCAAGCAGCUCCUGGGUGAUAGACAGCAGAAGAGACAGGGUGGCCAGGCGGAUCCCCUGCAGAAGGAGGAACUGCAGUCUGGAGUGGAUGCUGCCAACAGCGCUGCCCAGCAGUAUCAGAGAAGAUUGACAGCCGUGGCAGCGAUCAACGCCGCCAUCCAGAAGGGUGUUGCUGAGAAGACGGUUCUGGAGCUCAUGAAUCCCGAGGCCCAGCUGCCCCAGGUGUUUCCAUUUGCUGCUGGUCUUUAUCAGAAAGAGCUGGCUACCCUGCAGCAACAGAGUCCUGAGCAUAACCUCACCCAUCCUGAGCUCUCUGUCGCAGUGGAGAUGUUGUCAUCAGUGGCCCUAAUCAACAGGGCGCUGGAGUCGGGGGACAUGAACACCGUGUGGAAACAGUUGAGCAGUUCCGUGACAGGCCUUACCAAUAUUGAAGAAGAAAACUGUCAGAGGUAUCUCGAUGAGCUGAUGAAACUGAAAACUCAGGCACAUGCAGAAAAUAAUGGAUUUAUUACAUGGAAUGACAUUCAGGCUUGUGUGGACCAUGUGAAUCUGGUGGUGCAGGAGGAACAUGAGAGGAUUUUAGCCAUUGGUUUAAUUAACGAAGCCCUGGAUGAAGGUGAUGCCCAAAAGACUCUGCAGGCCCUGCAGAUUCCUGCCGCUAAACUUGAGGGGGUUCUCGCAGAAGUGGCCCAGCAUUACCAAGACACGCUGAUCAGAGCAAAGAGAGAGAAGGCCCAGGAAACCCAGGAUGAGUCAGCGGUGUUAUGGUUGGAUGAGAUUCAAGGUGGAAUCUGGCAGUCCAACAAAGACACCCAGGAAGCACAGAGGUUUGCCCUCGGAAUCUAUGCCAUCAAUGAGGCGGUGGACAGUGGUGAUGUUGGCAAAACACUGAGCGCCCUUCGUUCCCCUGAUGUCGGCUUGUAUGGAGUCAUCCCUGAGUGUGGUGACACUUACCAGAGUGACCUUGCUGAGGCCAAGAAGAAAAAACUGGCAGCAGGAGAUAACAACAGCAAAUGGGUGAAGCAUUGGGUGAAGGGUGGAUACUAUUACUACCACAACCUGGAGACCCAGGAAGGAGGAUGGGAGGAACCCCCAGACUUCGUGCAGAACUCAAUGCAGCUUUCUCGGGAGGAGAUCCAGAGCUCCAUCUCUGGGGUGACUGCUGCAUACAACCGAGAACAGCUUUGGCUAGCCAACGAAGGCUUGAUCACCAAGCUGCAGGCUUGUUGCCGCGGGUACUUGGUUCGACAGGAAUUCCGAUCUAGGAUGAAUUUCCUGAAGAAACAAAUCCCUGCCAUCACCUGCAUUCAGUCGCAGUGGAGGGGAUACAAGCAGAAGAAGGCGUACCAAGAUCGCUUAGCUUACCUGCGUGCCCACAAAGAUGAAGUUGUAAAGAUUCAGUCCCUGGCAAGGAUGCACCAGGCCAGAAAGCGCUAUAGAGAUCGCCUGCAGUAUUUCCAAGACCACAUAAAUGACAUUAUCAAAAUCCAGGCUUUUAUUCGGGCAAACAAAGCUCGUGAUGACUACAAGACUCUCAUCAAUGCUGAGGAUCCUCCUAUGAUUGUGGUCCGAAAAUUUGUGCACCUGCUUGACCAAAGUGACCAGGAUUUCCAGGAGGAGCUCGAUCUGAUGAAGAUGCGAGAAGAGGUCAUUACCCUCAUUCGUUCUAACCAGCAGCUGGAGAAUGACCUCAAUCUCAUGGAUAUCAAAAUCGGGCUGCUCGUGAAGAAUAAAAUCACACUGCAGGAUGUGGUUUCCCACAGUAAAAAACUUACUAAAAAAAAUAAAGAACAGUUAUCUGAUAUGAUGAUGCUAAAUAAACAGAAAGGAGGUCUCAAGGCUUUGAGCAAGGAGAAGAGAGAGAAACUGGAAGCUUAUCAACAUCUGUUUUAUUUAUUACAGACCAACCCCACCUAUUUGGCGAAGCUGAUCUUUCAGAUGCCCCAGAAUAAGUCCACCAAGUUCAUGGACUCUGUAAUCUUCACCCUGUACAACUAUGCGUCCAACCAGCGAGAGGAGUACCUGCUCUUACGGCUCUUUAAGACAGCCCUCCAGGAGGAGAUCAAGUCAAAAGUAGAUCAGAUUCAGGAGAUCGUGACAGGAAAUCCUACAGUUAUUAAGAUGGUUGUGAGUUUCAACAGAGGUGCCCGGGGCCAGAACGCUCUACGACAGAUCUUGGCCCCUGUUGUGAAGGAGAUUAUGGAUGACAAAUCUCUCAACAUCAAAACUGACCCUGUGGAUAUAUACAAAUCUUGGGUUAAUCAGAUGGAGUCUCAGACAGGAGAGGCAAGCAAACUACCCUAUGAUGUGACCCCCGAGCAGGCUUUGGCUCACGAAGAGGUCAAGACACGGCUAGACAACUCCAUCAGGAACAUGCGGGCGGUGACGGACAAGUUCCUCUCAGCCAUCAUUAGCUCUGUGGACAAAAUCCCUUACGGCAUGCGCUUCAUUGCCAAGGUGCUGAAGGACUCGUUACAUGAGAAGUUCCCAGAUGCCGGUGAGGAUGAGCUGCUGAAGAUUAUUGGUAACUUGCUUUACUAUCGAUACAUGAAUCCAGCCAUUGUUGCUCCUGAUGCCUUUGACAUCAUUGACCUGUCGGCAGGAGGCCAGCUUACCACAGACCAACGCCGGAACCUUGGCUCCAUUGCAAAGAUGCUCCAGCACGCGGCGUCCAAUAAGAUGUUUCUGGGAGAUAAUGCUCACUUAAGCAUCAUUAAUGAGUAUCUCUCCCAGUCCUACCAGAAAUUCAGACGGUUUUUCCAAACUGCUUGUGAUGUCCCAGAGCUUCAGGAUAAGUUUAAUGUGGAUGAAUAUUCUGAUUUAGUCACCGUCACCAAACCAGUGAUCUACAUUUCCAUUGGUGAAAUCAUCAACACCCACACUCUCCUGUUAGACCAUCAGGACGCCAUUGCUCCAGAGCACAACGACCCGAUCCACGAGCUGCUGGAUGACCUGGGCGAGGUGCCCACCAUCGAGUCCCUGAUAGGAGAGAGCGCUGGCAAUUUAAAUGACCCCAAUAAGGAGGUGCUGGCCAAGACAGAAGUGUCUCUUACGCUGACCAACAAGUUUGAUGUGCCUGGGGAUGAGAAUGCAGAAAUGGACGCUCGGACUAUCCUGCUGAACACGAAACGUUUAAUUGUGGACGUCAUCCGGUUCCAGCCAGGCGAGACCUUGACUGAAAUCCUAGAAACCCCAGCCACCACCGAACAGGAAGCAGAACAUCAGAGGGCCAUGCAGAGACGCGCUAUUCGUGAUGCCAAGACUCCUGACAAGAUGAAAAAGUCACAGUUUGUAAAGGAAGACAGCAACCUCACUCUUCAGGAGAAGAAGGAGAAGAUCCAGUCAGGUUUGAAGAAGCUAACAGAGCUUGGGACGGUGGACCCGAAGAACAGAUAUCAGGAGCUGAUCAACGACAUUGCCAGGGAUAUUCGGAACCAGCGGAGGUAUCGACAGAGGAGGAAGGCCGAGCUGGUGAAAUUACAGCAAACAUACGCUGCCCUGAACUCGAAGGCCACUUUCUAUGGAGAGCAGGUGGAUUACUACAAAAGCUAUAUCAAAACCUGCUUGGAUAACUUGGCCAGCAAGGGCAAGGUCUCCAAGAAGCCUGGGGAAAUGAAAGGAAAGAAGAGUAAAAAGAUUUCUCUGAAAUACACAGCAGCCAGACUGCAUGAAAAAGGAGUCCUUCUGGAAAUUGAGGACCUGCAAGUGAACCAGUUUAAAAAUGUUAUCUUUGAAAUCAGUCCAACAGAAGAAGUUGGAGACUUUGAGGUGAAAGCCAAGUUCAUGGGCGUUCAAAUGGAGACGUUUAUGCUACAUUACCAGGACCUGCUGCAGCUACAGUACGAGGGCGUUGCAGUCAUGAAAUUAUUUAAUAGAGCUAAAGUAAAUGUCAACCUCCUGAUCUUCCUUCUCAACAAAAAGUUCUACGGGAAGUAA